GAAUUAACGGGUUCCGAAAAUCGUGUUGAUAUCGCGAGCGUGGACAAUCUAAAAACUCUCAUUCGAAAUAUUGCCAAGGUGAACGCUAGUGAGAUAAACUGGUGCCACUCUUAUAUGAAGUGUUGAGUUUGAUCUUCGCCCAGACUGACGAACAGUUUCGCAAGAACCACUUAAAUGACCUGCUGGAAUUUUACUUCAGCGAGCUGGAAGUGAAUCUGGAAAGUGCUGGAUCCGACUACAUCCUCAAGAGAGCAGUGUUUAACUUCCAGGUGAAAUACCUGCUGGUAUCCGUAAAGUUCCAAACCCUUUUGGAAGCACUACAAGACCAAGACGCGAAGAACCAGAAACGAGUGAGCGAGUUGGUGAAGAACCUGCAAAACUACUUCAGCUUCCCAAAGAUCAAUCAAGAGGACGUUUACACGGUGGUGAGGAACAAAGUGGGCUCCAACAACUACGAACUUGUUUCCUACGAGCUUAUUCCUCUGGAUGCGAAAAACGGACAUUUAGGGGAAUAUUUUCAACUAAAGAUCGAAAUCACGCGAAACGGCAAGAGCGAAAGGCUGAAUCUAUUCGCUAAACUAAUCAACGUCAACCACGCGCUACUGAAGGACCUGCUGGAACGCGGACCAUCGAAGAAGGAAGAAUUCUUCUACAUGGUUUUGUUGCCCAGAAUGCGCGAUCUUGGUCUGGGGGAGUUGCUCGACUUUGCGCCCAACUGCUACCUUUCAAGGGUGGACGACAUUUUGGUCCUGGAUGAUCUCACCUCAGCAGGCUUUGUGGGUCUCACUCCGAACAUCAAGUUGGAUUAUAGCGCGCUUAAAGUGGCCACCCGACAAUUUGCCAAACUUCACGCCUGCAGCAUCAUCAUGGAAGAAAUUCUGUCCAAACAGGCGGGCAAGCGGGUCACAAUGUAUGAUCUAUACAGCGAGUAUCUUCAAGAGGUGCUGUUUCUUCCGGAUGUGCCGGAUAUGAAGCGAAGCUUCGAUGCAACUAUUGACAACAUUGAGUACAUCGGCUCGAAGUUUCCAGAGAUAGCGGGAAAGUAUCCCAGUGAGGAAUUGAGAAAAAAGGCCCAGAAAGGCUUUAAUCUGGCCCUGGAGAGGGUUAAACCCUCAGAAAAAGUGAAAAACGUUAUCUGCCACGGAGAUGUGUAUGUUUCAAACAUGCUAUUUAACUUUGAUGCCAAUAAUAAAUGUGAGGCGGUAAAACUAAUUGAUUUCCAGUUGCUGCGCUACUGUCCUCCCACCCAGGAUCUGAUGUUCUUUUUGUACCAAAACUCCGUUAAAUCCACUUUAGAUCAAUGCAAGGCCGAACUAAUCGAGGAAUACUACAAAGUCCUUUCAAACAGCUUAGAAAAAUUCAACCUGAACAUCAAAGAACUGUAUCCCAGGGAGGUAUUCGAAGAAAGCUUAAAGCUGCUCAAAGUCCAAGGCAUUUUCCACGCCUUCUUCUACUCGCCCAUACAGACCCUGGAUCCAAAGCUGCGGGAAAGUGUCUUCAGCGACGAAAAGGCCUUUGAAAAACUCAAAGGAAAUCGGUUUGGGCUCAUCGAUAUCGGCUUGGAGCUGGAAAGUUACAGGGAGGUGAUGAAGAGCCUGUUGUCGUAUGUUAUUGAAUUAUGCGAUGCAGGAGAAUUAUAAGGCUAGGUGUGGAUGAAUUGUUGUAAAUAUAAGUUUUAUUUAUCAAA